UCGAUUAUUCUUCCUUGAGUUCUGUACGCACAGGGCUUACCUGUUCAUGAAGUAAUCAUGUCGACUAUGGGAUCACCGUUGCAUACAUUUCGUUGCUUGUUAAGAGAGCUUCGUUAUCUGAGUGGUACGAAUCGGUAUCGAGAGACAGCGGCUUAUUUCUAUAUCCGAGAUAAUUUUAGGAAGAAUACGGUGACUAGUGAAAAGUUCUGCCGAGCUCAACAGGAGAUGCAUUUUCAAGCUUCCACUUACCUUUGCCUUUUGCGCAGUGUUAGAAAUCAUGUUGCUCUCCAUGAGGAAUACCAUGGCAAAGGAGAGCGUUCCACAGAGGAAGCAGCCCAUCUGGUGGGCCUUAAACUACCACAGCAGCCUGGGGGAAAAGGAUGGGAGAGGUGACUUGUGAGUGUCCAGUAGCCAGCGUGAGGAAUUGUCAACAACCAGCAUUCACCCUUUUGAACUUUGAAUAACCCUGGAAUGUAAAUUAAACAUGUCACACAA